GACACUGGGCUGGAUGGGCCUUUGGUCUGACCCGGUCUGGAUGUUCUUGUGUUCCAAGACCAUGAGCGAAAACCAAAGCUGGGUGGCUUCCCCCUCGUUCCCCCACUCCCCCGCCCAGUUUCUGAGCCUUUGGCCUACACUCAGGUGUGUUCAGAUUUUUAUUUGCCAGCGUAAGGGCUAGCAACCCCCUUUGAAAAUGAAAGCUGAGAUUCUGCAAAAUGUUAACUCAUCCUGAGUCCACGUUCUCUCAGUGCGUGGGUUGGAUUUGGCUGCCAGCCCAGGGCCUGACUAUGGGAAUUCAGGCUCCCUGUCUGAGGCUGGUAAACUUUGCUUGGAUCGGGGAGGUAGCAGAGAGCUGGGCGGCUUGGCACACUGCAGCCAGAGUCACCCCAGCAGCUGAGCAGUCUGAGGGCUUCUGAAGGUGGAACGAGAGUCGGGCAAUUCUCGCCAUUUGAUUGCAAGUCUCACCAUAUUUGUUCUUAAAGCUCCGAGUUGUGGGCUUAUGUGAUUAAAGGGAGAAUACUGCUCUCUGCUUUUUCAUGUCCUCCACUUGUAUCUUUCUCUCCCCGCCCCAUCACAUGCUCAUUUUCGGUCAGCCUGUGCCCAGCUCCAGAGAUUCCCCUGCCGCAGAUGCUGGCACAGGGUUGAUAUGGAAACUGGAUGGUUUCAACAUUCUAUUAUAGCUUUAAAAAACAAUAAACCCCCCAGGCUUCAGGGUGCACCUGCAGGGGUCAAGAAGAAAUUCAGCUAUUUCUUCCCCCUUCGGAUUCACCUUUGUACAACUGGCUGGUGCAUUAUAGGGUUCUUCGCUUCUGGGCUUCAAUGCUGGGGGAGGACUGAUUCCUGGCGUGGGGCUGAAAUGCCUAGUGGUUAGUGCACAUCGUUGCUACGGUGAAGCUGGCAAUGAAACGCGUUGAGAAGAGGAUACGCUUUCUAUAGAGAUGCUCGUAGGGCCUGCCAGAGGGGUGCGGCAGGCAGGAUGCUCAGCAAAAGUGGUUGGAUUCCAGACAACCAGUUUGCUUGGAGUAAACCAGGUGCAGUACAAGGACGGAGGAUCCAAGGUUUCUGGGCCAGAGUACAGGGACCAUUUGCAGGGGAAGCAAAGGCUGCCCCAGGGAGGACUUCUCCCUAAACGUGCUGUACUCAGCAGUGUGCUUGAGGUGAAGGGGAAUUAACUUCAUGGAGUUCAGCAGUUGUCUGGCCUUGCUAAAAAGCUGAACAAGGGUUAUGUACAUAUUGAGAAAGAGACAGACUAAGAGGAAUGCCCCAAGUGUCUGUGCAUCCAGCCUCUCCCAACACAAUACUGUCUGUUCCUGAGACCCAAGACCUGCUUGAUGGUGGGGUGGGGGAACACUGCGUGCUGUCCCGCCCCUCCAUGUCGGUUCCCUCAGGCACAGUGUGCUUUGUUUUCUAGGUGCAGGUCUGGGACACAGCCGGCCAGGAGCGGUUCCGGAAGAGCAUGGUCGAACACUAUUACCGCAAUGUGCACGCUGUCAUCUUUGUCUACGAUGUCACGAAGAUGGCCUCCUUCGCCAAUCUCAAGAUGUGGAUUGAGGAGUGCAACGGGCACGCGGUGCCUCCUUUCGUCCCCAAGGUGCUCGUUGGGAACAAAUGUGACUUACGAGAACAAAUUCAGGUGCCCUCCAGCCUGGCCCUGAAAUUCGCCGAUGCUCAUAACAUGCUUUUGUUUGAAACGUCAGCCAAGGACCCCAAAGAGAGUCAGAAUGUGGAGUCGAUUUUCAUGUGCCUGGCCUGCCGGUUGAAGGCCCAGAAGUCCCUGCUCUAUCGAGAUAUGGAGAGGCAGCAGGGAAAGGUGCAGAAACUGGAGUUCACACAAAAUGCUAACAAAAAUUCCUGCCCCUGCUGAGUAACGGCUGUGCAUUCGAGGUUAAUAUUGGGUGUGCAGGGAGGGGUUUGGCGCCUGUGUAAGACUGACACUGCUUGUUUCACAAUAAAUUAAUGUUAAAAUAAAAUUUGUAUCACUGA